UGUUGUUUCUGUGAUUCUAGAGCGUAGCAUGUAGAGUUGGUGGUCACCAAAAGAAAAUAUGUACUGACAUGGCGGCUCCCAUACUAAAGUGGAAGCGAGUGACAAAUCCAACUGGACCUCAACCAAGACCUCGACAUGGGCAUCGUGCUGUUGCAAUCAAAGAUUUGAUGGUUGUAUUUGGUGGCGGAAAUGAAGGCAUAGUUGAUGAACUUCAUGUAUAUAAUACAGCAACGAAUCAGUGGUUUGUUCCGGCAACAAAAGGAGAUAUCCCGCCUGGAUGUGCGGCAUAUGGUUUUGUGGUCGACGGUACCAGGAUCCUUGUGUUUGGUGGAAUGGUGGAGUAUGGCAAAUAUUCAAAUGAAUUGUAUGAAUUACAAGCAAGCCGCUGGGAGUGGAAGCGACUGAAACCCCGGCCCCCUAAACAUGGCUCACCACCGUGCCCUCGCCUUGGACAUAGUUUUACGUUAAUAGGAAACAGGGUUUAUCUGUUUGGUGGUUUGGCAAAUGACAGCGAAGAUCCAAAAAAUAACAUUCCCAGGUACUUGAAUGACCUAUAUAUACUUGAAUUACGAGGUAACAAUUCUACUGCAUGGGAGUUACCACAGACAUAUGGUACGUCACCUCCACCAAGAGAGUCACAUACUGGUGUCGCAUACACUGACAAAACAACUGGAAAGUCCCGAUUAGUGAUAUACGGUGGUAUGAGUGGUUGUCGACUGGGAGACCUCUGGCUUCUUGAUUGCGAUACAAUGUCUUGGAACAAGCCUGCUGUAAAUGGUUCCCCUCCGUUGCCUAGGUCUCUUCAUAGCGCGACUCUGAUUGGCUGUCGAAUGUUUGUUUUUGGUGGCUGGGUGCCUCUUUUUAUGGAUGAUGUCAAAGUGGCAACACAUGAAAAGGAAUGGAAGUGUACCAACACACUUGCAUGUCUUAAUCUUGAAACAUUAACAUGGGAACAAUUAAGUAUAGACACAUUCGAAGAAAAUACUCCCAGAGCUCGUGCUGGUCAUUGUUCUGUUGGAAUACAUACCAGACUGUAUGUGUGGUCUGGCAGAGACGGAUAUCGCAAAGCCUGGAAUAAUCAGGUUUGCUGCAAAGACUUGUGGUUUUUGGAAGUUGAGAGGCCACCGACACCUGGACGUGUCCAAUUAGUACGAGCAUCAACACACUCCCUAGAGGUUUGCUGGGGUGGUUCACCUACUGCCGAAUCUUACCUGCUUCAAGUUCAAAAAUAUGACAUGCCUCCAAGUACAGCCAUGACCACUUUGCCAGGAGUUUCAUUACCAACACCCGCAGGGUCCGCAGCAACAGCCGCCUUGUCAUCCUCAGCUCCCACCAAAACUAGUUGUUCUACUCCAUAUUCCAUAGCUUCAAGUUUACCUACCAGUACCAUUGCAAGUUUAAAUUCAGCUAACAGUCAACAGUCCUUAACAAGUACUAGCUCAUCUGGAACCCCUACUUCAACUGUACUGACACCAAUUCUUACAAUAGGCUCUCCGCAAACAACAUCUGCGUCUCUGGGUGUGAGCAGUAUACCCAUUUCUUCAUUAUCAACUCUGUCAUCAACAACCUCAUCAAGAACGUUAUCGACGGUGAUGUCGACUCCUCCACGUAUAGUAACUUCGGCCACUUCCAAUAUGCCUGUCAUCACACCUGUUGCAUCUCCAUAUAGAGGUGCAAGCAAUUUGGUUCGAGUCAGAGCACCAUUGUCUACCCCGUCUGGGUUGCGCAUCUUGGCACCAGGCACCGUGACCAAUACCAUAGGAGGUACCAUUACAAGUGCAUUGAUGACUCCAUCAAUAACACCCACUAUACUUUCUCAAACACAUACACAAUCCAGCCUAUCACAAGCACAGCUACAGACGUCAAUAGCGUCACCUGUCCGUGGCACAUCCCCCCAGACACCAACUCAAGUACAGAUGCAGCUGCACACCCAGGCACAGUCCCAGUCACAGGCUCAAACCCAGGCUGCCGGACAAAUGUCUGGAAUACAGGCAUUGGCUGCAGCAGCGGCAGCUACCCAGAAGAUGAGUACUGUGGGUAGUGGACAGACAGUACGCUUAGCGACUCCCACAACGACUGUAUUGAAGGCAGCCACCCCUCCACAAGGAGGCAAACAACAAAUCAUUCUUCAAAAACCUGCCGGUGGCCCAGGAGGCACGGGACAACCUCAGAUUGUCACUCUCGUGAAAACCAGCCAGGGAAUGACAGUAGCAACAGUUCCAAAAGUCAGCUUAAUUCAGGGGAAAGCAGGAACAGGACAGCUGACUACAAUCCAGGGUGCAAAUACCAAAACGAUACCGCAAGGAGCAACCAUCGUCAAACUUCUCAGUGCAAACCCAGGUGCAGGUGGAGCUACAGCAAAGGUACUAACAACCAUGAAGACUAUGCCAACAAACAUGGUGACUGUAAGCAAAGCACCAGGAGCUGGGGGUAAACAAACUAUAGUGAUCACAAAACCAGGUCCAGGAAUGACAAGUGGCAUGCCAGGGACAGCUGGCAUGAGUGUCGGAAUGCCAGGACGCCCUGCUGGCGGGCCACAAAUCAUUGUGGUAACCACAGCUUCUGGCCUAAGGACUGUUCAGGCUGUGAGCAGUGCACAGACUGCAAUCGGUGCUACAACAUCCACUGUAAAUGCAGUUCCGCUAUCUGCAGCAAGUCAUAUCACUGGACCUGGAGGUGUAAAAAUGAUUGUAGUGUCAUCCGGGGCAGUGGCUGGAGGUAAUACGGGCAAACCUAUUACUAUCACAGUUCCAGGCCAACAAGGCGGACCACCGAAAACUGUCACCAUUGCGGCAAAACCAGCAGGCCAGACGCUGUUAAAUGCAGGAACAGGCCAGAUAGUAACCAUGCCAGCAUCUGGCCUACAGCAGCUACAGAAAAAUUCAUCAACAAUGGGAGUUCAGAAAAGAGUACAUCUUAUUUCCAAUAUGGCAAGUUCUUUUAGGACAGACCCUAAGAGCAUUGGUCUGAAAGUGACACAACAGAAACAGCCAACAACAACUGUGGCAUCAACAACAGAUGGACCAGCAACGACAGAUGCUGCGCUUGCUGCGUUGGCAGCAGAGGCUGGUCUGAUUGACCCAGAAUCUCCUCACGAAGCUUCAGUGCUUGUAGGAAAUGAUAUUUUUAAUGCUGAAAUAAAUGGUCAUGCAGAAGAUACAGAAAAAGGUGUUGAAGCCUCUGGAAAUCCAGGAGAUGAUGUUGGAGGAACAUCUGAAAACAAUCAAGGCGGAGAUCAGGGUAGCAGUCAGGGAACAGCAGGCAACCCGCCUGAGAACCCUGGCAGCAUUGACAAUCCUGGAAGUUCGGAAGAAAAUGGAAAUACUGGAGGAAAUGCUGGUAAUUCAGGAGGUGACCCUCCACAUCCUGGUGGUUAUGGGGAUUUUCCAGAUCCUGAAUAUAUAGGACAACAGAAUGAUGAUGAGGAUGAAGAGGAGGAAGAGGAAAUAACACAAAUGGAGGACGAACAUGCUGAAGAUGCAACUGAAAAUAUAACCCAAAAUUUGUUGGACAUUCCUCUUCCAUUUUCUGAGAAUCCAGUGCCUCCUGUUGUUCAGUUGGCUCAAAAUCCAAUUGAUGAUGAGGUCGAAGAUCUGAAGAGUCCAGCUAACGCCGUUCAAUCUGCUGGAGUUCAGUCAAGUACACAUGGGGAUUUCAGUCAAGCUGUUCAGGUGCUUGGUUCAUCUGGGGACUUGAAUCCAGAUCCGGUCAAAGAUACUGCCGAACCUCCCGCAACUGCAGAAGAUGCACCACAAGAAACAGAACCAGAUUUUGAAGAUGAUGUACAUGAAAAUGUUCUUUCUAAUAAUUCAGAAAAUCCUGGGGGGAAUGUAGAUGGCAGCGUUGCGACUGAAAGCGGCAGUGGGAUGGAUGUUUCUAACACUCUCAGUCCUCGUAUAGAGAAUGGAGUUAACGCUGUUGGUAACAACAGUGACCCCAAAGAUGAAGGAAAUGUGGAAAGCAAGGAUAGUGGUAAUCAGGUGCAAAGCGGACUACAACUUGCUACUGGAAAUGGCGCUGAAGAAGGGUUACAAGUAAAUCCGUCCCAGAGUCAGGGAGAAACUCCAAUUGCCAGCAAUGAACAAUCGCAGGUAAAUUCUGAAAAAGGAAAGGAGUCGUCUGAGAAUAGUAAAAGAAGUGAGCAGCCUUUGCUUACUGCAACCCAGCGGGAGGAAGAAAAGUCAGACGUUACCCAAGUCAAAACUGAGCAGCUGGAUGACAUAGAUUCAGACUCGGAUGCACUUGCUACGCUGGCUACGGCAGCCCUGGGAUGUGACCAGGCCCCCACAAAUGGCGUGAAGUCAGAAUUACAGGACUUGAAAGUAAAGCAAGAAUCUGGACAUACUCCCAUGGUUGAAACUGUAAAGAAGAAAGAAGUACCAUUAUGGCAUGAUGUAGGUGUGAUCAAAGGCACGUCAUGCACUGUUACCAUGUUCUAUGUACACCCAGAUAAUAAGGAUGAUAUCAAUCAAGAGUGUGAUCAAGAUACAAUCACUGCUGAUAAUCUUCCUGACUAUUCCCUCUUGGCAAAGAUUCAGCUAGAACCAGGAACAGCAUAUAAAUUUAGAGUUGCUGCUCUCAAUUCCUGUGGUCAGGGCCCCUGGAGUGAGGUCUCGGCUUUCAAGACUUGCCUACCUGGUUACCCAGGUGCCCCUUCAGCUAUCAAGAUCUCAAAGUCCAUCGAAGGAGCCCAUUUAUCGUGGGAGCCACCACCAAGCACAACAGGAGAGAUAUUUGAGUAUUCCGUGUAUCUUGCUGUGCGCAGUGCCACUUCCCAGGCACAGGGUGAUACAAAAACAGUUUCUACCACACCAAACCAGCUGGCUUUUGUCCGCGUAUACUGUGGUCCAACUAAUCAGUGCACUGUGCCAAACUCAUCCCUCUCAGCAGCUCAUAUUGAUGUCACAACAAAGCCUGCAAUCAUAUUCAGAAUUGCAGCUCGUAAUGAAAAAGGCUAUGGUCCUGCUACCCAAGUAAGGUGGCUACAGGACCCCUCUACUCAAGUCAAGGUGCCAGCGGGUAUGAAACGCCCAGGCGCUGAUAGCAAACCGAUGUCUCCUGUCAAAAGAAUGAAAGGUGAAGAUUCUUGAAGUGGUUAAGUGAUUUAAGAAGUAUAAUAGUAUUUCUUUUUCAUGAAGAAGUUGUUUGUUCUGCUUAUGACAUAAAUCAUGUCCAGGACAGCCAGUUUUUACUCAAGAGUGUAAAGUUGCAUAUUGACAGACAGCUUGGUAAUGUUGAUACCUACAAGAAUCAGUAUGUUUAUUUCGUGAAUUAAGGCUGGUUCAGUUUUAAAUUAUAAACAUUUAACAUUGUUUAUGUCUAGACUUAUUUCUCGGAAAAGAAUUUUCUUUUAGUUAAUUUCCUUUGCUUUAUCUCAGCUUAGUAUUUUUCCCAACAGAGUUUAUGUAAGUCAUAUUAACAUUCAAAUGUAAUUAACUAGUUAAUAAAUUGUAUUUUAUUGUAGAAUAUCAGGGGUGGAAUGAACAUCAUUUAGCCUCUAAACAGAGUUGCUCAUUUCACUUAACAUUUAUUUGUACUCACAUGCUGUUUAGUGGAAUAUAAUCAAUAAAUUGAAUACCCGCUUUAUUGUGUAUGGAA